AUGGAACCAAGUUCAACUCUCGUAGCCAAGAAACUAUCUAGCAUGAUACGCGUAGCUCUCUUCAUGAUCCAAAAGGGUAUCUCUAAGAGCAAACUCAUGCUUGAUCUCCACCUCAUUAUGAAACGUGGAAAGAUCUUGGGAAAGGCCUUGAACGAUCUCAUAAUAGAACAUCAAACUGCUCUUAGCUGUCGAUCGCAUGACUUACAUAUGUCAUUCGUAUCUCCUGCUGUAGCAGUGGGCUGUAGACCACAUGAUGUGCAUAUGUCAUUUGUAUCUCCUCGAGAGUACGAGUUCAGUUGCAGUAGCAGUCCAAGUUAUCGACCCUACAACCGUUUCCAAGCCAACGGGCGCAGAACCCAUUCUAAUCAGCGCAAACACAAGGGAUAUUACCAACACACACGCUACAACGCGCCACCGUAUACGUGGAAUGAUGUGGAGUCAGAGGGUGGCGAUGUGACAGAGGGAUCUGUUAAUUUGGCGGGUGGGGGAUUUGGGUGGAGCCCGCUUGUGAGACAGGUUAGGAUAACAGACUCACCAUUCUCUCUAAGGGAUUCUAGUGAUCGUGAAGAUUGCGUAGUGGACAUAGAAGCAGAGAAAUUUAUCGACAGGUUUUACAGGGAGUUGAGGUUACAGAAGAGAGUAGCCGCACGUGAAGCAGCUAAUAACAUGAUUUGA